AUGAAUAAUUUCGUAUUUCCCGAAGAAUUGAGUUUUUUCGUUGAAAGUAUACGCCCGUUUGAAAUUCGUGAUGUGGGCUCUGAUAAAUGGCUCGAUGUCCAUGAAAUGACUAUAAAAUUAAGUCAGCAGGCAAUAUUGGAGGCUGCCGAACACCGUGAAGAAGAAGUGAAAGAAAUGUUAAUAUCAUGUGAUAAAUUAAAAAUUCUAAUACACGAAGCGUAUUGUGUGUAUUUAUGGAAGACAAAGGUAUUGCCGCAUCUUUUGGACAUCGAUCCUAAUCCACAGGCCACAUUUUUAAUUUAUACUGUGCUAUAUCAUGAGGGUGCUGUUAUUACACUGCUCGAUGUUGCUUUAUAUCAUUCGAGUGGUUGUGAGGCUUUACAGGAUACGUCAUUGGAUUUAAUUGAUUAUUGCGCCCAAGGUGUGGCACAAGUUAUCGGUUUGGUAAGCAUGGGCUAUCAUGAGAAUGAGGACAACAUUGAUGUCGAUGAGGCAAUACUCACAGAAUUGGAACGCCAAAAGCGGGAUUUAAUUUAUAAAAUCGGUAUACGUUGUAUAUCCAUUCUCAGUUAUUUGGCCGAUAAUUUAAAUUCCUUACCAAUAAGUGCUAUGCGACGUAUGAUUGUAACCCACGAUAUUAUAUGGUUAAUGGCCGAUUUAUUACAAUUUCGACCAUGGCAAAGAAAAACCAAAAAAGGUCUUGAAAAAUAUUUGGAUGAAAAAUGGACAGUGGUCCAUGGUGAAAAUGUGGCAAAAGUGGUGAAGCAUGAAGCUCAGGCAUGGUUUUGUUUGCGGCAAUUACUGUUCAAUCCGAAUGUUAUGCAGUCGUAUGAACUGAACGAUGAGAGAAGGAAACAUUUGGGAAAGUGCCUCGGUUUAUUGCAUGAAUCGUUAUUGGAUCAAUUACCACCACUGAUCGAUUUAAAACAAUAUCUAUGUCAACUUUCAAUGUCGGGUAACACGUCGCCGCCUUCCAAAAAAUCCAAUCUAGUUUUGGAAGAAUUACCGGAAAUAAAAGAAAAUCUAAUUGCUGAAACGGAAAAAUAUGGUGGUUUCUUGGGUAUUGCACAAAUGCAAGAAAAGAUAUUCCUCUGCAAUGAUAAGGAUCAUAUUUUAAAUGUAGCCCAGCGUCUUAAUAUAGCCUAUAAUACGGAUCUAAUGGCGGAAUUAGAAGAAAAGGUAGCCGCAACUAAAGAAAUGAAGAAAGAAGCUUCCAAUGUGGAAUCGAAUAAAAACGGUCAACAAACAUGUGGCAAUUGUCAUGGAAAUGCUGAGAAAAAAUGCUCACAAUGCAAAUCGGUCUAUUAUUGUUCGAGGAAAUGUCAACUGGAUGACUGGCCUAAACACAAAACCAAAUGCAUUAAAAUCGAAUAA